AUGACUCAAUUCGAUGAAAGUACACUUGAAGAACUUUGUCUGGAGCUCGGGCCCUUCGUCUCGCAGCCUUCUCUUCCUGGGGCUCCUCGCUUGUCUCCUGAUGUAGUAGAAAUGGCGUUAAGAUCCAUAGAAGAAGAAGCAGAAGGAGAAGAAGCAGGAGAAGAGAAGAGACAACAACAGCAACAACAACUGUUUCUACUUGGACGGCAAAGUGUUGCACAGUCAACGCCGCAGCAGAUGCAGCAGAUUCAGCAGAUGCAGCAGAUGCACCAAAUGCAGCACAUGCAGCAGAUGCAGCAGUUGCUGCACCUUGAAGCACCAGCAUCACCACCACAAACACCAACAGGAGCAACAGCAACAGCAGCAGCAGCAGGAACGGGAUCACCAGCAGCAGGAGCCCAAGAAGCCUCAGCACUGGCAGCAGCAACACAAACUCUUCCACUAGGAACAGCAGCAGCAGAACUAUCACGAACGGUAGCAGCAGCAGGAGCCCGAUCAGGACAAACACGAUCACUAGAAGUAACAGCAGCAGCAAUAAUGCCAGCAGCAGCAGCAGCAGCAGCAACACCACGAGCACAAUCAGGGCCAGCAAGGGCACCAGCAGCAGCACUACAACGACAAACCAAACCAGCAGCAGCAUCUACAGCACGAGCACGAGUAGCAACAGCAGCAACACAAGCAUCAGCACCAGCAAGAACAGCACGAGCACAAGCAGCAGCAGCACGAGCACCAGCAGCAGCACGAGGCCCAACCCCAGUUCGAAUAGCACCAAAAAGAGCCCCAGCUCCAGUACAAGCAUCAGCAGCAGCAGUAGCAGCAACACCACGAGCACGAGCACCAGCAGCAGCAGCAGCAGCACGAGCACCUUCAGCAGUAGCAGCAGCACGAGCACGAGCACCUACAGCAGCAGCACGAGCACCAGCAACAGCAGCACGGGCGCAAGCAACAGCAGUACAAGCACAAUCAGCAACAGCACGGGCACCAGCUGCAGCAGCAGCAGCACCAGCACCAGCAGUAGCAGCAGCACCAGAAGCCGCACGAAUAGCAGAAGCGCGAGGAGCAGCAGUAGCACCACCACCACGACCACCAUCAGCAACAGCAGCACGAGCCCCAGCACCAGUAGCACCAGCAGCAGCAACAGGAGAAGGAGCAGCAGCAACAGCAGCAGCAGCAGCAGUAGCAGCAAGUCCCCGUAUGGGGCCCCAGCAACCUGGGAGGCUUCCUUCAAUCAGCGCCUUCGCUUUACCUCCUCCUUGCUUCCCGCCGGGAUGGGUAGAUGAGCAAUUAGCAGAUGCUUCCGUUGCUGCUGCAGCACAGCAGCAAAUCGCCGGCUUCCCGCAGCAGCAGCAACAACAACAGCAGCACCAAAUCGCCGGUUUCCCGCAGCAGCAGCAACAACAGCAGCAGCCGCAUAUUGCCGGCUUCCCGCAGCAACAGCAACGACAACAGCAGCCGCAUAUUGCCGGCUUCCCGCAGCAGCAGCAACGACAACAGCAGCAGCAGCUGCAACAACAACAACCAAUACUUCAACCAAAACAACAACAACAUCAACAACUACAGCAACAACUACAGCAACAACAACAAUACCAGCAGCAACAGCAGCACCAACAACAGCAACAACAACCGCAACAGCAGCCGCAGCAGCAGCAACAGCCGCAGCAACAGCUGCAGCAGCAGCCGCAGCAGCAGCAACAGCUGCAGCAGCAGCAACAGCCGCAGCCGCAGCCCCAGCCACAUGUUCCCUUCAUCAUUCUGUCUCGCCGGGGUCCAACGCCUUCUGGUAUAACUAAGGAGGUAGGCAUAUAUAUGCCUUUCGUAGCAGGCUCGGGUGUAUCUGCAGCUCACAGCAGCAGCACGAUGGCAUCACUCAGCCACUUAGCAGCACCAGCAGCAGCAGCAGCAGCAGCACCAGCGGCAGCAGCACCAGCAGCAGCUGCGGCAGCAGCACCAGCAGCACCAGCACCAGCAUCAGCAGCAGCAGCAGCCGCAGCAGCAGCAGGGGAACCUUUGUUUCUGCUGCAGCAGCCAGCAACCGUGAAGACGAGUGGAGUCUCCUUGUUUGCAGCAAGGGAGACAGCAGCAGUAGCAGCAGCAACAGCAACAGCAGCACCAGCAGCAGCUCGCGGACUCGUGGAACAGUCGUAUGGUAAAGGUGCGGGCAUAAUGUGCAUCCCUAUUAUCAGCAGCAGCAGCGGAAGCAGCAGCAGCAGCAUGAGCAGCAGCAUGAACACUGCGAACGUCAGCAGCGGGGAAGGAAGCGGCGGCAGCAUCAGCAGCAGCAGCUUGAUAGCCAGCAGCUGGCUAGGCAGCAGCGAUAGCAGCGAAGAGGAAACCAAUAAAGAAGGCUGUUGGGGGGGAACGAGCAGCAUGUGCAGCAGCAUCACGCAUGCUGCUGUAUAUGGGAGAGGCUAUUCUGUGCCAGUUGCUGCUGCUCCUGCUGCAGCCCCAGGGUUUCCUGUAGCUGCGCAGUAUUUACCUAUGGCCACCAGCGACGAUCCGGAGCCCUCCACAUCAGCAGCAGCAGCAGCAGCGGCAGCGGCAGCAGCACAAGCAGCAGCAGCAGCAUCAGGAGGAGGAGAAGGCGCAGCAUUAUUCGGCGCAGCAGCAGCAGGAGCAGUAGGAGGAGAAGGUGCAGCACUAUUCGGAGUAGCAGGACCAGCAGCAGCACCAGCAGCAGCAGCACCAGCAGUAGCAGCACCAGCAGCAGCAGCACCAGCAGCAGCAGCACCAGCAGUAGCAGGACCAGCAGUAGCAGGACCAGCAGUAGCAGGACCAGCAGUAGCAGGACCAGCAGUAGCAGGACCAGCAGCAGCAGGACCAGCAGCAGCAGCAGCAGCAGCAGCAGCAGCAGCAGGUCAGGUGCCGUUUGUAUUCAGAGGAGGCCUAGAUGUAGACGUGAUCUUUGGAUAG